GGGAAAGGAAAGCCAUUUUCCGCUCGGGAACAUCCAUUCCUUGACGAGAUUUGGCCGCUCAUUCGCGUUCCUCCUCGUGUCAUGAACGGUUCAAUGAUUUUGGGUGCUCGAUUUGAAGAUCGGAACAAUUCCGGACUCGCCAUGGGUGAAUCGGGAUGCCAUUUGAGUGACGACGACUUGGGAGGGGAAGACAAAGGGGCUCGACGACCCAAAUGUGCCCGUUGUCGGAAUCAUGGGGUGAUCUCAUGGCUGAAAGGCCAUAAGCGACAUUGUCAAUUCCGAGAUUGUUCCUGCUGCAAAUGUAAUCUCAUUGCGGAACGCCAACGUGUCAUGGCGGCUCAGGUGGCAUUGAAGCGACAACAAGCGGCAGAGGAUGCCAUUGCCCUCGGGAUCAGGGCCAUGGCCACAGGUGAGCAUCGGAAUUAUCUGCCCUCGGGACCGAUCAUUGGGCUACCCAUAGCCAUGCAACAAACCAAGGAGCACUCAAACGCAGACAAGAGAAUUCGAGAAGUGGAGCUCUAUCGGCACCACAAUUAUGAGGAACCCUCUGCCAAGGAGAUGGAAACUCCCUCUGAAAGUGAUUGUGAGGUUGUAUCCAAGGAACGUUCUGCUUUACCCAAAGAAGGCCUGGGUGAAGAAUCCAUCACUUCGAGCAGUUUGAACAUUGGAUCUCCAUCAAAGUCCGAACAUGAAUACCAUUCCGGUACGGAGGACAGUAACCAUGGCUCGAACAAAGAUUGUCCCGAAAGCCCAUUGGCCAUGGUCGUGCCCAAAUCGGAAUCACCGCCCACCGAAGGAGUGGUCUCAACGAGCACCUCCCGCGAGAAUGCCCAUGGCCUCCCAUCUAGUCCCGUGGAUAUAUUGGCUCAACUAUUUCCCAAACGCCCCAGGAAUACCUUGGAGAGCCUCAUUCAUGAAACGAAAGGCGAUUUGGUAAGGGCCUUGGAGCUUUGCUCGAAAUCUGAAAGCCCGGAAAUCACGCCCAGUAGCCGUCGUCAUUUUCAUCAUGAGAAAGCGGGAAAAGAUCGUGUGGAUUAUCGAGCUAAUUCCGCUCACUUUCACUUGAGGCGCAGUCAAAAGUCGGCCUUUAUGCCCCAUUCCAAUACGGUUACGCCCUACAGUCGAAGUAGCUACGACAGUCCCAAUUUAGGCUCGGUGGGCUCGGGUAGUUUAUUUUCAGACCAUUUAGUGCACCCGUUUCCCAUGACCCCUCGUUCGGAGAAGGAUUUAUUCGCCUUCCCUCCCCCUCCUCUUUUUCCCCACAUGUAUCUUGGCAGUCAUCACAGUUUGUCUCAGUUUUUCUCGCCCCAAAACCACUUGAUCAGACCCAUGCUCUCGUUUCCCAACUCGUUAGGUAAGACCAAUGGGUCUCCUGCGUCCCUUUGUUCCUUGACACGCCCCUGUGCCGACGCUUCAUGUGACACUUGUAGCUCGGCCAAACAUGUGGAAGCCAAUGCUUUAGGGCUCUUUCGAGCCGGUAAGAUUUAAAUGUUAAAAACAUGUUUAUUCCCAUAAUCGUUCCAUCAAUGUAAUGCUGAUAUUAGUGAAGAAUUGACUCACACCUUUUUUCUGGAAUGGAGCUGACGGCAUCUUUCCACAGAAUGCAUAGGUCAUGUGGAAUUUCAUUUUAGAUUCCCUUCAAUGAUUUAUGAAACGCCAGCAAAUCCCCCGCUAAGCAAAGUUCGAGAGCUUAAAAAGUUUUGCCAUUGAUCUUAAAAAAUUCCAGCUCUUCACAAUAACUCGUAGUGAGACAAUUUGAUUUGUUUUUAUGUAAUGAAUUUCCAAAACAACAUAGAACCGUUGAAUGCGUCAGCCAUGUGUCGAAAAUAUGCUACUAGUAUCCGAAAUAAAUCGAUUGGAUUUUUACCCAAAUGUCCUGGGGACGAACAAACGGUGUUCUCCCACUGAUCUUGUUGGGUCAGCUUUGGUCGGUGCUGCCAUAGCAGCCAGAAGCAAUGUCCUACGACGAUCUUGCUCUCGCCGUAUUCUACCGACAUUGGGACUAGGGGAAGACGUGGUCACAAACCAAGAGAUAAUCGAAGUUGAUAGAUCAGGAUGAGUUAGUAGGAAAAGUCUCUUUGGAGGACAACCACAUCUUGGCUCUUUAACCCUAAUAAGCAAGAUGCAAAUGGAAGAAUUGGAUCCACUGUAUUAUGGUGACUAUCAGCGAUUACUCAUCAACGGCAUCUCACCUCCGCUCCGCGGGCGGGUACCCAGGCUUGGAGUAUUUGACAGCCUGUUCCAUUUCUGGGGAGAGUUUUGGUUCUUGUCCAGUCCAAUCACCCUUGUGGUUCUCCUCGUGAUGGGUUGCCUGAGCGGGUUUGCUUGCUCUCUGGAUUUAGUUGCUUAUGCUACUUGCUUUGCGGCCAUGGCCUUGGUGUUCGAACAAAUUGUGAAAGCUCUAGUGCGACGCUAUUUUUGGUUGGACGUUCAAGGACAUCGCCAUUAUAUCGUGCAGACAUGAUUCGUAGUUGCAUUCACAAAAUGCCUCAACUUAGUGUUUAAUUCGUUGACAUGGUGGUGCCAAAAGAGCUAGUUUCUUUGGCUGGCGUGAUAAACUGACCGGCGUUUAGUUGACGUUGAGCUCGUUCGAAAGUGGGUCAGUCUUGACAGGAAGAGUAUUUGAUUGUUGAGCCAAGUGAUAAAAGAUCGUUGAACUUGCGGUCAGCUGGACGACAGUUGAAGAUUGAAGCUCAAGGACCGAUAACACGAGUGAAUUGUGUCCAAAUUCAUGAGUCAAAAUGCAAGUGGAGGAGCUUGAUUCAUAUUACUUAGGCGAUACGGACAAUUUCACCGCAAUCAGAAGACAGUUACUUAUGCACAACAAUUCAAUUUGGAAUCGUGAGGAAAACACCCUGUUAUACAUUUUGUUGGGAAAGUGUUCUUUCCUGACCAUUCCCUUUGCCCUCGUGUGUGCAUUUCUGAGUGGAACCUUGGGAGAACAUGGCAUCUCAAAGCGCACUCUUGAUAUAAUGGCCUUGAUCAACAUGACCCUGGGGCUUCUCUUUGUGAUCAAAGUGCUUCGGCUUCGAUGGAAGCAACAUUUCCAAGACAUUUGAUGCUCAUCCCUUCUUCAAAAUGUGAUUAAAAUGAUGUCACUUGUUGUUAA